UAGACAUGAUUUUGUUAUAUAGAUCUUCCAGGAGUUUAUAUUCCCAAACUUAAUCAUGAUUGUUCUUGGAAAGUGAGUUGGACAUUCAGACUUUUUGUUUCUACUUGACGUAUUUCUCUGUUGUUUGACUUUAUUCCAUUAUCAUGUUAACUUUUAAAAAUUAAAAAAAAAAACAGUAAAAGGUAUUAACAAUUCGAAAAAGAAAAAUUCCAAAGCAAGGCAGGUAUGCCUCUAACCCUGACAUUCACCAGGUUAGUCCUGGACAGGAAGGCACUAGGCUCUGACUAGCUCCUGAUGGUGAGGCAGAAUAGCAGCUGAGAAAGGCGGACUCCAAAACAGUCACUGGAGUAAGCAAGACAGCCUCCAGGCUUUGUCAGUUCUCCUAGCAAUCAGGCUGCGUGACACCUUGAAGACACCAUUCAUCUAUUCCUUCAUUUCUUUCACUUGUCCAUUUAAUCCAUUUGUCCAAGCCUUUAGUGAAUAGCCAUUCUUUGCCAAGCUGAGUGCAGGCAAAUGAUGAGAGUAAGAAGUUUGAUUUCUGUCCCUGUCCUCAAGAAUACAAAAAAAAAAAAUACAAAGUAAAUUAUAAAGAAAUGAGUACAGAGAGUACAACUGCUUCAAUUUAUUGAGCCCCUUCUGCAGGAUACACAACUCUCAAGAUAGAAUCUGUUUCCAUUUUACAGAUGAGGAAACAGGCUGUGAUGAAAUUUUGCUCAGUAUGUAUCAGCUAUUGCUGUGUUAAUCAACCAUCCAGAAACACAGUGGCUUAAAACAAUAAGCAUUUAUUAUUGCUUCCAAGUCUCUGAGUCAGCCAUGUAUCAUACAGUUUUGGCUGGGCUCAUUUCAUAUGUCUGCAGUGGGUUGGAUGACUCUUAACGUUGACUUGGCUAUAGACUAGUCUGGUCUCAUCUGGGACCACCGGCUGUCUUUCAUAUCACUUACCCCCAGGUUUCACAUAUCCCCCCAGCAGACUAGCCAUGUUCUCCUGGCACGGCAAAGAGGAGGAAGGCAAGCCUUGUCUUUAAGCUUCUGUUUGCUUCGUAUUUACCAACAUCCCACUGACCAAAGCAAGUCACGUGGCUGAACCCAGCAUCACAGUGGGUGGAACUAAUAAAGUUACAGGGGAAAAGGAAUAGAUGCAGGGGAGACAAUGAAUAAAGAUUAUCAAGGGAAUCAAUCUAAUACAGGACACAUUGAUGUAUUUUAUCGGGAAAGACUUCAUCAAGGAGGGUACACCAGAGCUGAGUAUUGAAGUAUGAAAGUAUUCACUAAGCAACUGUUUCUUAGAACUGGAUGCAGGCCCAUUUGCUACAAUCAAUGGAAACCCAGGUCUUUCUGUGCUUAUGACAGACAGGGUUCUAUUAUUUGUGUCUUGGCUUCAUUCCUUCUAGUGAGACAGAACAGCAAGUACUCAAUGUAUGUUUGCAGAAUUAAAUUGUUUAUCUUGCUGUGAAUGAGGUGUGGACUGAAACGGCUGAACCUAGAAGCCAGUUGUUUGAAAGAGCAGCUUAGCAUCAAGACUCCCAAAACAAAUCCUUGUAUUUGGCAGUUUCUCAUUCAUUCCUCCUACAAACGUUUCCUGAGUGUAUUAUAAGCCAUGUUCUCUGUUAGAUGAUAAGACACAAUACUAGCUCACAGACUGGACUGUUCUUUAACCCUGUCCAAGUGGCAAGUUCACUCAACUGCUUGGGGCUCCAUUUUUUAUAUUAACUUAUCCAGAAAAAUGCAUCAGAAGCCAGUGCUACACAAAAUCAGAAGUUCUUAGGAACUGCACUGAGACUAAUGGUAAAAUUCUGCACUUAAAUAUUUCAAGCUAAAAUCUACACCCAGUAGUGCAGAACUCUGUGGUCCAAACCCAGGACUUACUUUGAAAAAAAAAUCCAGUCUUGCAAAGGAAUCAAACCUGUCAAAAGUACUCAAGUGGAAUGGCCUGUUUAGGUGAGAACAGGUUCCUCUAUUUCACCAAAGCAUAGUGUGUGUUUUGCUGUCUACAGAUUUGAUAUGUAUUCAGGUUUCCCUAAUCAACAACUCAUGCUCACCAGGCCAGUCCCACACCUAGAAUUCAGCUGUUAAGUGACUCAAGCUAGCACUUCCCCAAAGCUCAGUUGAGACAGCUGUUUUUUGAAAGGAAGACACUUUCCAUUCCUCUAAGCAUGUUAAACUCUAUCUCUACACAUGUUAAGUUAUAGAAGGAAUUCGUUGAUGUUAAGUUAUAGAAGGAAUUUAUUGAACAGUAUUAAGCUUAAGGUGAAUGACAAGCUAUCAGGUCCAUGGUUGUUAAAGAGAAAUUCUAUUUUGGAACAUUUACACAUUUCAUUGUCUCUGCCUAGAAACUAUUUACUUCUUUGAAUCAAAUGAUGAGAACUGUAUAUCCUAAGGUUCCCCUUUUUGGUUUGGCUGCCAGGAAUUUCAGAGCAAAAUGUAGGCUUAGUUUCCUAAUGUCCUGGUACAUCUCUCUCUCCCCAUCUUUAAUCUGGCUUCUAAUCUUUCUCUUCCAUGUUUCCAUUUUCUGCAUCUGCACUAUUCAGUAUGGUAGCCUCUAGUCACACAUAGCUACUGAGUACUUGACAGGUAACUUGUCCAAACUGGAUUGCUAUAAGUGUAAAAUAUCGCAAUUUUUAGUAUCGAUUAUAUGUUGAAUAUUUUGACUAUAUUGGACUAAAUAAAAUACAUCAUUUUUAAGCUUAACUUCACCUGUUUGACUUUUCUUUUUAUGGCUACUAGAAAAUUUUUUAAUUACUUAUGUGAAGAAUAUUAUAUAUGUGGCUUGCAUUUGUGACGUUCAUUGUAUUUCUGUUGGACAGUUCUGUUCUACAAAUUGUCCUGUUUUAUGAGUAUGUUACUAUUGUAAACUACCUCAAUCCUUUUGGAAAGCAUGUGAAGUAGGAAAUGCGAUGUGACAACAGAGGAUGGAAUGAGGAAGGGGAGGUUGACUGGAACAUACUUGUCCUUGUUAAUUUGUCUUUUGUUCUUAUGUGUCACAUACCAAAAAAAAACCUUGAUAAAGUGUUUUCAGCCCUCAGUUUCUGCGGUAAGUAGUGUUCCUGUGGCUCUCUCCAGACUCUUGAAAAUUUCUCAACUUUACUUGAGCUAACAAACUGGAAAGGAUCUGGUAAGACAAUUCACACCGUAUUGUAAAUGACUAAUAAUGUGUUCACCACUCUCAGGGGCUAUUUCCAUUUUAACAGGGAACAAUCCCUAAACCCAAAGGAAUGAAUCCCUAAUGGUAGAAUUUCAGGCAUCAGUGACAGGCUGAACCUGGACUCCCAGGGCCCUGCUUACACCUGACAAAUGAUGGCCUGAGCUAUGAGCAAACGGGACUAUAUGAACACUUCAGUGCAAGAGCCCCCUCUUGACUACUCCUUCCGAAGCAUCCACAUGAUCCAAGAGCUGGUAAGUGAGGAGCCAAGGACAGGGCUGCAACCACUAAGGCACUCAAAAUCGGGGAAGUCACUGACUCAGUCUCUGUGGCUGAACAACAAUGUCCUCAAUGACCUGAGAGACUUCAACCAGGUGGUUUCGCAGCUGUUGGAGCACCCAGAGAACCUGGCCUGGAUUGACCUCUCCUUCAAUGACCUGACUUCCAUUGACCCUCAGGUCCUGACAACUUUCUUCAACCUGAGUGUCCUCUAUCUCCAUGGCAACAGCAUCCAGCGCCUGGGAGAGGUGAAUAAGCUGGCUGUCCUCCCUCAGCUCCGGAGCCUGACACUCCAUGGGAACCCCAUAGAGGAAGAGAAGGGGUAUAGUCAAGGGGCAGAGCAGCAACUGAUGGAGGGUGAAGGGACUUCUGGACAGAGGCUAGCCCACAGCCUGAGUCUUCCCCAUAGGCAGUAUGUGCUGUGCACCCUGCCCCAUAUCACCACCUUCGACUUUAGUGGGGUCACCAAGGCAGACCGUAUCACAGCUGAAGUGUGGAAACGAAUGAACAUCAAGCCCAAGAAGGUCCGGAUCAAGCAGGACACACUCUAAGGUUCCCAGGACCCCAGCAGCACUAAAAGCCUAAGGAUGGUCAGUUUGGUUUGACAAUAAAUGAUUUGAACUGUU